AUGUCCCAGGACCUGGUGGUGUUGGACUCGAAUGACAGGCGAAACACGGUGGGGAUUGGCGAGUCGCAGACGUCCUUUGCUCUGAUAUCCGACGUGGACACGGACGGGGACACGGACAUGGACGUCGUGUGCAGCAGCUCGAAGCAAAACAGAGGGAGCAGGGAAGGCGGCACGCAGCGAAGCAAGAGCGGCGGUAGCCAGGGGCUAGACGAUGAGGAGUUUCUGGAGAUCUUUGGAUUGCCCAGGACAAGUAUCAGAAGCAGCGGCAGUGACACGCAACAGACGCGUAAAGAUAGCGGCUCGUCGUCGUGGUCGUCGUCGUCGUUUGGGGGCAGUUUGCAGUCGCAGAGAGAAAAGGGUGAGGUGAUAGAGAUAAUCGACGACCCGGCAGAUGUGCCGGCUCAGGAUUCGGUGCCUGGAAGACUGAAUUUCCUGGACUCCGAACUCAUAUGCAUAGAGGACGACGAUGAGGACGAGGCGCAAGUGGUCGAGGAGGCAGCACGGGUGUACCCGACAUCCUCGCCAAACACACAGCUUAACCGUUCGAUUGACCUCAUCGAUAUCGAUGAUCAUGAGGAGCCCGAGGAGGUUGUCCAGGAAAACCAUGUGCAUAUCCACAGCGGCAGCAACACCAACACGUCUACGGUAAUCGACGACUCGUUGUCGGUGAUCAUGAACGCAGGAAGCGUUCCGCUGCCGUUCCCCUACGAGACACCCAAGCGAAAUAGAGUAUCUUCAAGCAGACAGAGAGCAAAUAUAGGCUCAAUGUCGAGCCCCAUCUUUGAAACUGCUGGAAGGAGGAAUGCCGCUGAGCGAAACCUGCCGAAGAGCAAGAUAAGUAAACCGGCUGCCCUAUCUCAAAAGCAGAAACCUUCUGGCGUCAUGCAGAAUGUGCGGCACUCUAUUCUGAAUGUCAAGGAUAGGGAUGAUCGUACGACGACUGCUUCGACCAAAAGCCCGAGAAGCAGCGUCAACGUCUUCAACACCGGAAGGCCGGACCGAACUUUAUCGUCCGAGGUUUCGGAGUUCAGCAGCAGCCUGAACGAAAUAGAAUAUUGCAACGAACGGCUAUUGACUGACGAAGAGCUCAAGGAGAAGAGAAGAACUAUGAAGUCCAUCAAAAAGAGGGAAUCCAAUAGGGUCAAGUCCUUGAUAUCAGAUCUAGCGGGUGUCAGAAACAAACGUGUGGAUAGCUCAAGCAAAUACUCCAAAUCGGUGAGCAGCGUUUUGAAUUUUGUGAAAAGUGCUGCCAACGCCCAAUCAAGUGAAACGAGUGAGAUCUCCAACAGCUCCACUCUCAUAAAAGAAACAGACAACAACUUUAUGGAUAAUGUCACCGAUGAGAUAAAUCUGUACACUGAUGAGCGCUUGGAGUUGAUGUUGGAGCGGGCCAAGCAGCUUGAACCGGAAAAGUUGAAAAAGGUGAACCAGGCCAAGUAUACGAAAGCAGAGUUAACUGAAAAAAUCACCUGCUGUUUUACAAAUGUUUUGAAUGAAAAAUUGGAGCUUUUGAAUAAGGAUUACACUCAGCAUGUACAGCCUGCACAUUUUGAAAUGAUUGAAGAGGCGUUGCCCAUCAUUCGCUUCAAACGAUAUGUCGAUUCAGCAUUAUUCAAGAAGAAGAACACAUAUGUUCCAAUUAGACCCCGUCACUUGUUCGAAAACUUUACAAUCCUUCUCUAUGAUAGUAAAGAUUUGAUUGAGCUCUUCAAAAAGGGAAUCAUGAAAAGGCAUCUUAAUUCCGUCAAAGCAAAAUAUAAAGAAACCAAGAUUGCCGUAUGGGUGACUGGAUAUGACCAGUACCUGCAAUCUUUAAAAACAAAGGCGAAUAGGGCUUACAAGGAGAAAGUUCAAGAACGAUUAGGUUCAACUGCCGAUGACUCCUCGAGGAAGAAAAAAGUCACACAAAGCUAUGAGGAAAUGAUACAGCCCUCCCACAUCAAACAAAAGCUACUCAGAUAUGAAGUAGAGCAUGGUUUUGCAUUCCAGUCUUUCAAAGGACUCGGUGAUAUGCUAGAAUGGUUGAAAUAUAUUGCUUACACAUUGUCAUCUAAAUAUAAUGACUCUCUGCAGCGAAACGGUGAAGUAACCAACAUCGGCAAGGUUAAAUCUGGAGAAACUCCAAAGGACUGUAUAGUCAUGAUGCUUAGCCAAAUCAAGGGUAUGACAGAAAGUCGGGCUAAAAAAUUUGUGGAUGAGAGCUCAUACAAAUCAGUUGCUGCACUUUUUGAUGAUAUAAUGUCCGGAAAAAAUAUUACGCAAAGUAAGACAUUGAGAACAGAUCAUGAACGUCUUAUAAAGAAGAUCUUUCUCUCUCGGAAUGAAAACGAUUUGUUAUGA